AUGCUGCUGCUGCUGCUGCUGCUGCUGCGCCUGCCAGGCCCUUGGGCUGCCCACGGGCACCCAGUGUACAUGCGCCUGCCCCCCAGCACCCUGCGAGCCCUGUCUGCCCAGGGGACACAGGCGCUGCAGGCUGCUCAGAGGAGCGCACAGUGGGCGGUAAAGCAGGUGGUGAUGGAGAUCCAGCACAGACUGCACCAGUGCCCAGGUAGGGCCCAAGUGGUGCCCAGGCCUCAAGCCCCCUUCCUCCAGGACCUACCUGUGCCAGGGCCGUGUGGUGAGAGGAGCCCAGGCCCUGCCAACGUGACGCGGGCUCACGGCCGCAUAGUGGGGGGCAGUGCCGCACCCCCGGGGGCCUGGCCCUGGCUGGGGGGGCCCCACGUGCGAACUGGCUGGGGGGCGGGCGGAGGGGCAGGGUCUCCAGGGCCCCGCUGUGCCCCGUCCUUCCUGCCUAUCACCCACCACUCACCCCGCAGCGCCCCGAACGAGCUCCUGUGGACCGUGACGCUGGCCGAGGGGUCCCAGGGGGAGCGAGUGGAGGAGGUGCCGGUGAACCGCAUCUUGCCCCACCCCAAGUUUGACUCGCGGACCUUCCACAACGACCUGGCCCUGGUGCAGCUGUGGACGCCGGUGAGCCCUGCGGGGCCGGCGCGGCCGGUGUGCCUACCCCAGGGCCCGCGCGAGCCCCCAGCGGGCACCACCUGCGCCAUCGCGGGCUGGGGGGCCCUCUUCGAAGACGGCCCCGAGGCCGAGGCGGUGAGGGAGGCACGCGUUCCCCUGCUCAGCGCGGACACCUGCAGGAGGGCCCUGGGGCCUGGGAUGCACCCCAGUACCAUGCUCUGUGCCGGCUACCUGGCCGGGGGCGUAGACUCCUGCCAGGGUGACUCUGGAGGCCCCCUGACCUGUUCUGAGGCUGGCCCCCACCCCAGGGAGGUCCUGUUCGGUGUCACCUCCUGGGGGGAUGGCUGCGGGGAGCCAGGGAAGCCUGGGGUCUACACUCGCGUGGCGGUCUUUAAGGACUGGCUCCAAGAGCAGAUGAGCGGUGAGCGUCUCCACUAGACCCUCUCCUCCCCGGAGUGGUCCCGCGGACAACCUCGGGACAAGCCGGUGUCUACCCUGCUUGUGUUCACCUGAACGCCCUUCUGCGUCGGGAAAGCCCGUCUUCCGGGGAAGGACUGCCGAGACCCGGCCCAAAUAGCUGAGCUGCGUUCCCUGGCGCACACGCUGCUGGGCCUGCUGCGGGGUGCACAGGAGCUGCUGGGCUCGGGCCCGGGGUUUCGGCACCUGGCUCCGGUCCUGGCUCCCCCUGCUCGGUCGCUCCGAUACCCUCCCGGACAUCCCGCCCGCGAGCAGCGGCUGCACUCAGGAUUGCGAGUUGCAGACACGAAGUUCUCCAAGCCGAGGCUGGAACAACGGCGGGAGGCGAACGGCUGUCCUGGGCUGGAGCCGCUGCGGCAGAGGUUGGCCACCCUUCAAAGGACCCAUGCCUGGAUCCUGCAGGUGCCCUCGGAGCACCUGGCCAUGAAUUUCCAGGAGGUCCUCGCAGAUCUGAGCUCUAAGACACUGACCGGUCUCUUCAGAGCCUGGGUUCGGGCAGGCCUGGGGGGCCGGCGCCUGGUCUUCAGCAGCCUGGUGGGCCUGGAACCCGUCACACUGGCUCGAAGCCUACCCCGGAUGCUGGUGCAGGCCCUGCAGGCCUUCCGCUUGGACGCCCUGGCAGAGGGAGAGCCUGAGGGACCCCAGGUGGACUCAGGGACAGAGCCGGAAAGGAAGGAGCACCACCUGCUCAGUCCUCAGGCUCUCCCAGCCCAGCAGCCAUGA